UAAGUUAAUAAUUUUAUAUUUUCGUACUACAAAAGUGUUUGGAUCAUCAGCAUUUACUCAACCGCUGAGGCAGUGCAACAUAAAUUUAUCUUUUCAUUUUCUAAAGUCUGUUCAACAGGAAUUUCAACUAAUAAAAAAAAUGGCUGAACCAAUUCGUGUUGUUGUUACCGGCGCUGCUGGUCAAAUCGCCUACUCCCUUCUUUACAUGAUUGCUCGUGGUGAAGUUUUUGGUAAGGAUCAACCUUUGAUCUUGCACUUGUUGGACAUCCCACCAAUGGUUGGUGUUUUGGAGGGUGUUGUUAUGGAAUUGGCCGAUUGUGCUUUGCCUUUGCUCCGUGAGGUUGUACCCACCACCGAUCCCGCUGUUGCCUUCAAGGAUGUUUCUGCUGCCUUCUUGGUUGGCGCCAUGCCCCGCAAGGAAGGUAUGGAACGUAAGGAUCUGUUGUCCGCUAACGUUAAAAUCUUCAAGGCUCAAGGUCAAGCUUUGGACCAAUAUGCCCGCAAGGACGUUAAAGUUUUAGUUGUUGGCAACCCAGCCAAUACCAAUGCUGUUGUGUGCUCCUUCUAUGCUCCCUCAAUUCCUCGCGAAAACUUCAGUGCUAUGACUCGUUUGGAUCAGAAUCGUGCUACCGCUCAAGUAGCUGCCAAGGCUAAAGUUCCUAUUAGCCAAGUCAAAAAUGUCAUUAUCUGGGGCAACCACUCCUCCACCCAAUUCCCCGAUGCCAGUCAUGCCGUCGUCAGUGUUUCUGGUGCCGAAAAGUCUGCUGUAGAAGCUGUUGGUGAUGCUGAAUUCUUGAAGGGUUCCUUUGUUGAAACCGUCCAGAAGCGUGGUGCUGCUGUGAUUGCUGCCCGCAAAAUGUCUUCUGCUAUGUCAGCUGCCAAGGCUGCUUGUGAUCAUAUGCACGAUUGGUGGAACGGUACCGCUGCUGGUCACUUUGUUUCAAUGGGUGUCAUUUCCGACGGAAGUUACGACGCUCCCAAGGAUGUCAUCUACUCCUUCCCCGUCGAAAUCAAGAACAAACAAUGGAAGAUUGUUCAAGGUUUGUCCCUUGACGAUUUCGCCAAAUCAAAAAUGGCCAUCACCGGCAAGGAAUUGUUGGAAGAGAAAAACGAAGCUAUGGCUGUCUGCAAUGCUGAAUGACUAGCUGGCCCCAAAGACUCCAAAUUGUAAGUGAUUUGCGGAUAAGUUCAGUAGCAAUUUAGUUAAAAAUCACAAUUACACCGCAAUUAUAGAGUUAAGACCGUGUAAAUUCCCUAAUUCGACCUAUGCGUAACACCUAUUUGAUUACAACUCUCAUAAACUGUCCUCUCGUAUGAUCAUUCAAUCACUCAUAAAUGUUUUUCUCGUUUCGUAGACGAUUCCUAGUCGUCUGCUACAAAAAUUUGUUUACUUAAAUUUAGUGAUAUUCGUUUUAAGUACAACGCAUUUAGAUUAUGAAAUUAAUACCCAACUUGUAAUUUCACACGAUUGUUGUUUAACUUUUUCUACAUCACAAAUUAAAUUUGUGUAUUAUAAAGUUAAUAUGAUAAAUAAAUAACAUUGAAAACAAAA